CAAUAAUUUUGUAAAGUAGCAAGAAGGGAAGAGAAAAGAGAAAGGGAAGAGAAAAUAGAGUAAGCGUCGCAUCAAGUGCUCAAUCGAAACUUGUGAUAAGAGAACAACAGAAAAUGGCACAGAGAUUUCCUGUACCAAACACAGGAAGUAAUGGACCGCCUCCUCAACGAUAUCCACCGUCAUCGGUACCGCCGAAUUUACGCCAGUACUCUGGGCCUAAUUUCCCAAUGCAGCAGAGAUCUGGAUUUACCCCACCGCCACAAAUGGGUAAUGCAGGACCUGGUCCAGGAGGAAUAAUGAGACCAAACCAGCCUUACACCAACAUGCGCCAAGGUCCAAUGCCAACUCCACCUGUUGGUAAAAGAAGUGCAGAUCAACGUAUUCCUAUGUCACAGCAAAAACCGUAUUUUUGGAACAGUGAUUUUUCACAUUCCACAUCAAAGAAAAAGAAGAAAUUAGCAGAUAAAAUACUGCCUCAGAAAGUGCGCGACUUGGUACCAGAAUCACAAGCUUAUAUGGACUUGCUUGCUUUCGAGAGAAAAUUGGACGCGACUAUUAUGCGAAAACGUCUUGAUAUUCAGGAAGCUUUAAAGCGCCCAAUGAAACAGAAACGAAAAUUACGCAUUUUUAUUUCGAACACAUUUUAUCCAGCUAAAGAAGCAGGUGAAGGAGAAGAAGGAUCUGUAGCAUCUUGGGAGCUUAGAGUCGAAGGACGUCUCUUGGACGAUACUAAAAAUGAUCCGAAUAAGGUGAAACGGAAGUUCUCAUCGUUUUUCAAAAGUUUAGUAAUAGAGCUGGACAAAGAUCUGUAUGGUCCUGACAAUCAUUUGGUCGAGUGGCAUCGUACAUUGACUACUCAGGAAACUGACGGAUUUCAAGUUAAGAGACCGGGUGACAAGAAUGUUCGUUGUACAAUUCUACUGCUUCUUGAUUAUCAGCCGUUGCAGUUUAAAUUGGAUCCGAGAUUGGCGCGCUUGUUGGGCGUGCACACACAGACGCGGCCUGUUAUCAUAUCUGCGCUUUGGCAAUACAUAAAGACACACAAACUCCAGGACAGUCACGAAAGAGAAUUUAUUAACUGUGAUAAGUACUUAGAACAAAUAUUUGCUUGUCCGCGAAUGAAAUUUGCCGAAAUACCACAACGAUUGAACCCAUUGCUGCAUCCACCUGAUCCUAUUGUGAUAAAUCACGUUAUAAGCGUGGAAGGCACGGAAACAAAGCAGACUGCAUGCUACGACAUCGAUGUAGAAGUUGAUGACACAUUGAAGACGCAAAUGAACAAUUUCUUAUUAUCUACUGCGAGCCAGCAAGAAAUCCAAAGUCUGGAUAACAAGAUUCACGAGACCGUCGAAACUAUUAAUCAAUUGAAAACAAAUCGUGAAUUCUUUUUAAGUUUUGCUAAAGACCCGCAACAAUUUAUCAACAAGUGGAUUAUCUCUCAGACUAGAGAUUUGAAAACCAUGACGGAUGUCGUUGGCAAUCCUGAAGAAGAACGGAGAGCUGAAUUUUAUUAUCAACCCUGGGCACAGGAAGCCGUGUGUCGUUACUUCUACACAAAAGUGCAGCAAAAACGGGCAGAAUUGGAACAAGCGCUCGGUAUCAGAAAUUCAUAAAACAAUCUAGAUUAUAUAUAUUUCAUAAAUUUAUCAUAAAGCUAUGUAAAAUAUUCAAUAGAUGUUUGCCAUUAUACUACAUGCAACACACAGUACUAUUAUAUACACUCUUAAAACAUAUAUUUGUAAUAUUAAUAUAGAAUACACGAAAAUAAAAUUGCAUUUAUCUAUUUCGAAAAAUGAAUUGUAUGUGAAAAUUAAAAUACAAUAGAUUCCUUUUUUAUAUACGUAUCACAGAUGUAUCACAAAUCUUGAUCAAAUUCAUUUAAAGAAAAUAAUUGACUUUAAACUGAUAAAUAUAUCAACUUUUUUAAAUAUAAGUG